AUAGAGAUUCUUACUCCAAAAUUGCAUUAGCCAAAGUUCGUUGAGUGUAGAGAGACGGGAAGAGAGAACGCGUGAGUACACGGAAAGACCAUAUCAAGCAUAUAAGAAAAUAAAGAAUGAAAUUUUGGAUGAAUCGAUUCAGCAGAGCUUUCAUUAUUUUUACAAUCAUUUGUUGUGUUUCUGCUUCAAUGGAAGAAAUUUCUCACAACAUGAUGAUUCCUAAUAAUCCAUAUGGACGCCCAUUGGAUACGGAUCUGCUUGCAAGAUUGCUUCUACUUCCGCAACGAUUAUGUCAUCCUAAAAGGAAUUCGGAACUAAUAAAUUCAUUACUAGGCCUACCAAAGAAUAUGAAUAAUGCUGGAAAGUAAUGCAAAUUAGAAAUAUAAUAAUAACAAUUACGCUUUUCGCAGUGUCUACUUUAAUAAUCAGUAGUAAAGUAAUAAGAUAUUGUUGUGUUAUCGACAAUAAAGAAUGCUUGUAGCUCUCUCAUCUUAAAUCAUUUCUAUCGAAUU